UUUGUUGUGUCUAUUCUAUCCUCUACAGUGGACAUGUAUGAAAUUGAUGUCCUGUUUAAUAACAGAAGGUAAUAUUUUGAUUUGAAACCCCAUAACAGUUUCCUGAGAUGUUGAUUUAUGACAAACAAUUUGAAAAUUAGUCAGAUUUAAAUGAUAAUUACAAAAUACUUCCAUAAGGGUGUUACACUUGAUCACUAAAUUAAUGUCAGCCAAUUUUUAAAGACCAAAGAGAGGGAGUGGUCAUGGUGAAACAUCCAAACAUUUAGUAUCUCUGAAAAGCAAUGUGCUCUGUACAGGACAUCCAGACUUAAAACUGUGACAUGGAGCAUCUUAGAAAAAUCGCUAAAAAAUAAUGUCCUCUACAGAGGACAAAACUCCAUAGCUGGUAGUCAGGAGGAUAUAAAUGCAGCCUUGAUAAGCAUAAGAGAGUACACUCAAAAACCAACCCCUAUAAACCCAAACCUUUGAAUGUAUAUACAAAUACAAUUCAUUCCUUAUAGAAUAAUGAUGAAAAUACAGAUAAGCCUACAUUAGAAGCCUGCUUGUUUGGUUGGUUGGUUGGUUGGUUGGUUUAGUCAGUUACUUUCAGAUAAAUAUGGAAAUAUUAUAUCAAAGUUGGACACAUAAAGAAAAGGUUUGUGAGCAAACAAUUACCAAAUGUAAGAGUUAUUUAGUUAGUUAUGGAACAUUAUUUUAUGCAGGUCUAUUUAACCCAGCAAAUACUAGCUUGGCAAUUAGAUGACUCAGUCUUCGUUUGACAAAUCCAUUAUGUCUUUUGGCCUUUAUAUAGCUCAUCUGUUCCCCUGUGUGUUGAUGUGGCUGUUUAAACCAUUUAAACACAUUAUUUAAUUCAUCUCAGGGUUUAAACAGGUCCAUUAGCUGGUUCCCCUGACAGUUAUUUUUCAGUCUUAGAAAUCCAGCCCCAGGUGUGCAUUAGAGCGUACAUUAGAGAGAAACCUGCACCUGUGUUUGCAAGUCUCCUGAUGAUGAAAGAGCAUUACAGCUCCUUUUAGAAGGACUGUAUAAAAGAGACCAAGAACAACACACUUCAUCUUGAGCAAAGACAACAGUUUAAGCAUGGAGUGGAACGGAAGGUUGCUGGUCCAGUUGUUAAUGCUAGUGUGUGUGUUGGAGGUUAGUCUUUGCCAGCACUGGUCAUACGGUUGGCUUCCUGGUGGAAAGAGAAGCGUUGGUGAAGUGGAGGCAACAUUUAGGAUGAUGGAUGCUGGUGAUGCAGUACUAUCCAUUCCUGCAGACUCUCCAAUGGAACAACUUUCACCGAUACACAUAGUGAAUGAAGUGGAUGCUGAAGGUUUGCCUCUGAAAGAACUGAGAUUUCCCAAAAGACGAGGAAGAGUGUAAAAGCAUAAAGGAUGAAGAUAAACCCUUGGAGCCAAUGAGAAUAAAUUAAAAUUUUAUUCCAUGUGAACAGCAUGUUUUAUUGAGUCCUACUGGAAUAUCCUCCUCAUAUGGUUUUAAUAAAUAUAAUGCAGUGGAGGCACAUGUAUACUGUAAAUACCUAGUAUGCCUAGUUUGUUCAAAAUGAAUAUUAAAAAUGCUCAGAGCUGAAGCAAAAGUUGCAC